AUGAUGAUGAUGAUGCUGCUGCUGCUGUGCUGCUCAGGUGUGGGCGGAGCCUCAGAGCUGGCCUUCCUCAAAGAGCCCAGUGAUGUCAUUGCGGUGAGGGACCGCCCGCUGAUGCUGGACUGUCAGGUAGAGGGGGAGGGGCCCAUCUCCAUCACCUGGAGGCGGAACGGCAUUCCCGUGGCGACCGGUGUCAAGGCGACGGUGCUUGGUAACGGCACGCUGCUCAUCAGAAACUUCUCCAAGAGACGAGAAAGCAACGAGACGGACGCAGGAGAAUAUGACUGCGCCGCCCAGAACCGCUACGGCAUGUUGAUCAGCCGCAAGGCCCGAGUCCAGCUCGCCUCCCUUCCUAAAUUCCUGUCUCACCCAGAGUCUGUUGCUGUGGAUGAAGGGGGCGUGGCCAGACUCACCUGUCAGGUAAAUGGAAUCCCAGAGGCCAAUAUCACCUGGCAGAGAGACCGACAGCACCUGAGCACAGAGGACCCCAGGUACACUCUGCUUCCUAACGGCGUCCUGCAGAUCACCGGCGUUCGGCGAACAGACGGCGGUUUGUUCCGCUGCGUCGCCUCAAAUAUCGCUAACACUCGAUACAGCCACGAGGCCCAGCUGUCCGUCACCGUUGCAGGAUCCAGGAUCUACCAGGAGCCCGCCAUCCUGUCCGGUCCUCAGAACCUCACCAUCAACAUCCACCAGACCGCCAUCUUGGAGUGCAUCGCCACAGGAAAUCCUCGCCCCAUCGUGUCCUGGAGUCGCCUCGACGGACGGUCCAUCGGGGUCGAGGGGAUCCAGGUUCUGGGAACAGGGAACCUGAUGAUCUCUGAUGCGACUCUGCAGCAUUCAGGAGUUUAUGUGUGUUCAGCAAACAGACCAGGAAGCAGGUCCAGGAGGACGGCACUGGGACGACUCGUAGUACAAGCUCCUCCAGAGUUCGUGCAGUGGCCUCAGUCUGUCUCCAGACCAGCAGGGGGCAGCGCUGUCUUCAGCUGCACUGCGUCCGGCGUCCCUGAACCUCACCUCAUCUGGCUGAAGAACGGCAAACUGCUGACGCCCAGCGGCAACGUCAAACUCACCAACGGAAACACUACGCUCGCCAUCACCCGGAUCACGCCCGAGGACGAAGCCAUCUAUCAGUGCAUUGCCGAAAACAGCGCCGGCACAAACCAGGCCAGCGCUCGUCUCGCCAUCAGCCAGGGGCCCGAGCUGCCCGAGGCCCCCGUCGGCCUCCAGGCCACGCCCCUCAGCUCCAGCAGCCUGCAGCUGACCUGGGAACAGCCCACAGAGCACGUCAGUCAGCAGAUCAUUGGAUAUGUGCUGCACAUACGACGACUGGGGGAGCCGGACAGUGCAGAGCUGCAGGAGGCCGUCAGUAAAACGACCUUCAGACACGAGUUCAACAACCUGGAAGCAGCCACCACCUACUCCAUCUACCUGAAAGCCUACUCUGCUCUGGGAGGCAGCCAGCAGUCCGACACCAUCACCGCCACCACGCUGGGAGGAGUUCCCAGUUCUCCCAGCUUCUUCACUAAAGUCCUGAACCAGACGGCCAUGCAGGUUUACUGGGAGCUGCCCAGUAAGCCGGGGAAGCUGGAGGGCUUUAGACUGGAGUACCGCGGGGUUUCCAGCCCAGAUGUCCAGGGGCAGGAGACCUUCCCAGGACACAUCAACACCCACACCAUCUCCCACCUGGAACCAGCUGCAGUCUACGAGAUCCAGCUGGUGGCGUUCAACGGGAACGGAGACAGUCCGUCCAAUCGCCGCCUGGUGUCUCUGGCAGAGGGAGGAAACACUGCACCAGCUGGUUCGAGCUGUAACUGUGACCAGUCUGACGGUUCAAUGUCCACUCUGCUGGUCGGUGUUCACAGCGGCCUCGCCUGCAUCCUCUGCUGUUUGCUCUUCAUCCUGCUGGGAUACAGACGCAGUUUGUUCUGCAGGAAGGCAGCGAGCUGGGAGGCUCCGCCCACCCUCAAUGGUGUCAGAGGUCUCAAAGGUCACACAUCUGAGAACAUUGAGCUCAGCCAGAGAUGUGACUCCACCCCUCCUCCAGUGAUGGUCAUGGUUGAACCCGCUCCACCCGUCAGACCCGGCACAGGCACUGGAUAA